UUCGUAUUUGGCAACACUAAGUUAAGUUCAUUGACAAAGUUAUAUGAUAUACAUAACAAAUUAAACGAAGUUCGACGAGAAGAGAAAGGAGAUAACUUUCUGUGCGCAUAUUGUUUUUGAAUAACGAAUUUUUCGUCCAGUAUGUAAAUUGCUUUUCAAUGAUGUUUUGUGUAAAAUACGUGGGAAGAAAGAAUAACCUAAAAUCUUUUAAUGUUGCCUAUCAAGCUUUCUAUUCUCGACGGAGCAGCGACAAUAAUACAACGUUGUAUAAAAUCAUCAAUGCAAAUGGAGAAUCCAUAGAUGCAACUGAUAAUGGUGAAUUUGAAACCAACAACAAUUGGGAAUUGUUGACACCAAGAGGAUUUAGAUUUUAUUUACCAGGUAGCAUAGGUCCUGGUUGGGUAAAUUCAUCUACUACUACUCAUAUCAAAACAGAAUUCAUUACCAUUACCCAGAAAGAUUCUAAUAACGUUAAUGUAAAGAAAGAUGCUAAUACCGUUAAUGUAAAGAAAAAUUAUAAAAGAUUAAAAAAGAAAUCUUAUAUGAAACGACCAUUGUUACAUUGUACUGCCCAAGAAUGUCCGCUUCUAUUAAGGAAGGGCAUCGAAGAGUUGUUUUCUGGUUGUUUAGAUGUAAGCGCUGCACAAUUAACUAUUGUGACUAUAAGUCAAAAAUCUGAUUUUAAAACAUUAAGAUGGAGUAAAAUAACUGAAACUGAGAAAUUGGCAAAAUAUUUUGUAUUAGCCGCAUCAGAUAUUUGUACGAGAUUAAAAAUGAUUGGAUAUUGGGCAGAUUUCAUUAAUCCAUUUAGUGGACAACCUUAUUUUAGUUCUUUGAAAACAAAUACUCUUUACACAACCGAUGAACGGUUUAGAUGUUUAGGUUUUAAAAUAAAAGAUAAAAAUAAUUGCAAAAUUAUUACUUAUGAUAAUAACGUAUCAAACUUUAUAGGUAGCUUAUAUACAACAGCUCCAGCAAGCAUGGAAUUUUUGAAGGAAAUUAUGAGCAACAUCAACACAGAAUUCUAAUAAAUGCAAACUAUUCUCUGCGCAAUAUAGCAUGUUACGGAUAUCGGUGAAAGACCAGACGCUUAGAUGUCCCAUAGUUAAGCCGGACUCAUCUAUUAUGUAGUUAUAUCCGCGAACUUGAUUUUCCUCGUCGUCCAAGAGAGCUUCGAAGAUGAUACUAUGGACGCGUACCAUCUGGGCCAACGUGUAUUUGUAUGGGUUAAAGCGUUCUUUAAAAGAGAAAAAAAAAAAACAAGAGAAAAAGGAUGAUAUCCGAGAUGAAUUCUAACGAACCAACGAUAAAAUAAAUGCGAAUAGUUCAUUGGUAUUCCUCUCUUUCUACACAACGCACGAAUGAAUAAAUAUUCAUUGCCUUCGUUAUUUAGGAUAUUUUA